GUCGACUCUCAUCUCUCUGCAUGCUGUCCGCUCCUUUAUUCGUUUGAACACAACUACCGCUGGCCGAAGAAGUAACUUAACAGUGCCGUUCGCUGUAUAAAGCGUUGUUCUCUCAGCAUGGUUGUCGCCAAGCGGCCUCUUGCCCCUCCUGCCUCCGCUCGCACGAGCUCUACACAACAGGCCCAGCGAGCCAGAGGCAAGCCACCCGUUGCAGCACCAAAUGGCUCUGACAAUACGAACUCUGUGGCCGUUGAGCUAUCUCAUGAAGACGGUCCCCAGAAUCCGGACGCAGUGGCAGACAAUUCACCGUCAUCAAAGAAGGGGCCUAAGUCCAAGUCCAAGUCCAAGCAAAAGAAAAGCGCCAAGAAGGCCUCUCGCAAAAUUCACCGUCUCGGGGACUACUUGUUCCGCAUCAUCCUCAUUUGGCUCACUAUCUACACAUUCGCCCUAUGCCCGGAAGACGUUCGCAGUGAACGACCUGUUUGUCGAGCACUCUCGGAAUACCGGCGACUCGUCCUUGAGCCCUAUGUGCUUCCACCCAUCCGCGUGGCCCUCUCUCACCCUUCCGUUGUGCCUUAUGUCGAGAAGGCCAAGCCCUACACAGACCGCGCGUUUAAUACGGCAAAGCCAGUCGCUCAGGUCAUUGUGCGUCAGUGGAAUGCUCGUGUCGCUCCUCAAUGGAAUCGCCACGUCGUUCCGCUGUGGUACCGAUAUGCCAUCCCGCAGCUUCUCCAGCUCGAUGCGAAGGUGACGCCGUAUCGAAACCGCGUCACGGACGAGUAUGAACGACGAGUGGCCCCGAUCAUGGACUCUGUCAGUCCUUACGCACAACAGGCGGUGGUGAACGCACGCUUAUUACGAAGCAAGGCCCGGCCGUACGUGAUGACUGCGGCGCACAAGACCUACGACGGCUAUCAGUACGUCGCACCAUAUGCGCGCCCCACAUGGAACAAGGUCAAGGCCCUCGUCGCCCGAUUCAUCGCUCUUCUAGCCGAGCAGAGAAGACAGUUCGUUGACCCGCACGUUCGCAAAAUCUGGGAGCGCGUCAAGGAGCUCAGCAGCGGGACGCCCAAGGUCCCUGCCGCGGUAGAUGUACGCGCCUCCGUGUCAUCGCGGGUCUCUAGGGCGGCUGAGGGCGCAGCAUCAGUGGCAUCGUCGUUGAUGUCCUCAUCGACGCAUGCUCCCGACGUCACGGUUCCCGAGUCUCAGGCUUCUGACGCUCCCCUUGUGGCCGCCGUUGACAUCACGGAGACUGUGACGUCCGUCGCAAGUGAGGUCGCCAACACUCUUGAAGACACUGCCUCUGUCAUCAGCGCGCUCACCUCACAGCCUGCCGUCCGCGUGUCGUCUUCAAUCUCCUCUCUCAGCGACACCUCGGCCUUUGUGGCCGCUGAGUCCAUCUCAUCUCUCUUGUCCUCGGGCUCAGGGGUCAUCGGCUCUUCUGCAAGUAGUGCGGUUGGCGCGGCCUCGACGGGUAUAUUACACGCUUCAGAUGCCUUGUCGUCGUCUAUUCAGCGUGCCGCAUCUGUUGCGUCUCCCGAGUCUAUAGCAAGUUCUGCAAGUGGCAUAGCGUCUGCCGCCUCCUCGGCGGUGUCCUCUCUAGCUGGCCGGGCUUCAUCAUCCGGUGCAUUGACGGCGUCAGCUGCUAGCGUUGUCCCGGACAUUGAUCUCGAUGCUUUCGCCGAGGAGCUUGGCCUCAAUGACAUUCUCGCGGAGGCGUCCGGCUCCGCAUCGGGUACCGCAAUGGAUGCAGACACUGCGCCGGCCCCGGUGGAUACGGAAGCCGCAGAAGAACAGGAACGGAGGAGGCACAAACGUCUGCAAGAGACUGCGGAGAAACGCGCGAAUGUCGAAGCUCGCCACAGCAGGUGGGAGGAUGAACAGGCUGCGCUGAUCGAAAACAACAAGAGAUCUCUCCGCAGGGCCUUGAUUGCUCUGAGGAAAGCGGCAGCCGCGGAGCUCAGAGAGUCCACCGAAAUCAGAGCGGAGAUAGAGAGCUUUGUCGCACGGGCGGAAGAUCUCUUGAAGGGCGCUGAAAAAUAUUUGCAGACUCUAGUGAAGGAUCAGCGGCCGGAUGAAGAGAAACGGCAGCUACUCGAGCGCGUCCUGGACAAGGUUAACGAGAAGUUCACGGAUCGAUUAAGCGAAACCGAAGCCGUAAUGAACGGGUGGUAUGCGCCCUGGCUAGACAAGGAAGUAGCAGAGGUUCGUAAAGUCGCAGAAGCGGUCAAGGACCAUGCGGAGAACGCCCAGGUUGACAUAGGCAUGGACUAUGCCUAUCUGGACGAUACCACGUACCAAGAUUGGCAACGCUAUCACGACCUCGUCAGGAGGAGUGAAAAUUUCACUCAAGAGGCUGAGGCGAUGCAAAACGGAACUAGCGUCUCUCCACCUGCCAAUGCCCUUCUCAAAGAACUCAAGGCAAUACAGACCGAAGUCGAGGACGUCGUCGUAGGAUUUGAGACGCGUCUCCGUCGCAUCAGGCGUAAUAACGCCCGUGCUUUCGGGGAGAGCGUCAAGGAGGAUGUCACCGAUGCUGAUGACGAGAUCGUCUCCAUUCUGCCCAUCGAGGACAAAGACAAGGACAAGGUUCAGUCGCCCGUGGAUGUGGAUGUUCCGCCUGUCGUCAUUGGUCGGAGCAAGGAGGAGGUUAUGGAAGCCCUUGACCGGAUCGUCGAGGCUGAUGGCGACGCGACGUCGUCUCCGCAAGCUACUGAGCAGUCAGCAGACCCUGAGUCGGAGGUGAAGGGUUUGGUCGAGGAGGUUUCGACGGGACAGAGCGUUCCAAGUAUUUCUCCAGUAGCAUCUCAUGAGGAGUUGUGAUGUUGGUGGGUUGGGGGAGCUGCCUACUGAUCAUGGUCGUCUAUGGUACUUUAGUUCGCCUUUUGGUUUAAGUAUGUUAUUCGUAAUCGCUCGAGUUCUAUUUUGUCACUUAUGGCCCUCUGUACUGCCAAACAUAUGACAGGAUGGUUUUUGUUUCA